AUGAAAGCAGCUUAUUCAACCGCAGCUCCUUCUUCAAAGAUAUAUAGGGAUGCUAUGACAGGUGAAGUUACGUCUUUACCGGAUAUCGAUGUCAGCAAACUACAAAUCGAGAAGAUCGCAAACCCAAAAACUAUACCACCUUCUAACACUUUACGUUUCGGACACACCUUCAGUGAUCACAUGCUUAUCAUACCGUGGAAUUCUGGCAGUGGAUGGGGUGCUCCUACUAUCAAACCAUACGGUCCACUCACUCUUGACCCAUCAGCUGUAUGUUUCCACUAUGCUCCACAGUUGUUUGAGGGUAUGAAAGCAUACAGAGACAGCGAAGGCAAUGUCAGACUCUUCAGACCAGAUAUGAACAUGGCUAGAAUGAACAGAACCGCUGAAAGAGCUGCUUUACCUACCUUCGAUGGUCAGUCGAUGGUAGAACUUAUCCGUAGAUUAGUUGUACUUGACCAAAAUUGGAUUCCACAAGAACCAGGCUACUCACUCUACAUUCGUCCAACUUUAAUUGGUACACAAGCAAGUUUGGGUGUUGGUGCUUCAUCUGAUGCUCUCCUUUACGUCAUUUGUUCCCCAGUUGGACCAUACUUCAAGAACGGUUUCAAACCAGUCAAAUUAUUGGCAACAUCAAAGAAUGUCAGAGCAUGGCCAGGUGGUACUGGUGCAUUCAAACUUGGUGCAAACUACGUACAAGGUGUAAAACCACAACAUGAAGCAGCAGAAAAGGGUUACGAUCAAAACCUUUGGUUAUUUGGUGAAGGAGAAGAGCUCACUGAAGUAGGAACAAUGAAUCUCUUCAUCGUUGUUCGUAACGACGCUGGAGAAACUGAAUUAAUAACUCCUCCACUCGGGGAUAUGAUUCUUCCAGGUGUGGUAAGAGACUCCAUCCUCAACCUUGCACGUGAUCCACCUGAAUGGCUCAAGGAACAACUCCCAGAAAACUUCAAGGUCACAGAACGCAGAAUUACAAUGCCAGAAUUAGCAAAAUUAGCUGAAGAAGGUAGAGUUGUUGAAUCAUUUGGUAGUGGUACUGCAUGCAUCAUCGCUUCAAUCUCAUGUGUCAAUUGGAGAGAAAAAGACAUCACUAUUCCUGUUGAAGCAGACGGCAGUGGCGCAAUCGCUACUGUUUUGAGAAAUGCCAUCGAGGCGGUCCAAUUGGGUAGAGAAGAACACCCUUGGUCAAUCGUUUGUUAA